AUGGAGACAUACUCAACCCACAUCAUGCCUGUUGGUGGGAUGAGUACAUGGACACCAAACAACAGGGAGAAACCUCUACCACCACAGCCAAGGAGGAUGCCAGGCAGGCCAAAGAAAAAGAGGAGAAGGGCAUACCAUGAGGUCCUGGUCACAAAAAAACCAAAAAAGAUUCCAAAUAAGGGUGGAAGACCAACCAAAGGACAAUCAAGUGGUUCAAGAGGUGAAGCAAGUGCUCCAAGAAAUGUUGGUUCAAGAGGUGAAGAAAGUGUUCCAAGAUCUGCUAGUUCAAGAGGUCAAGCAACUAUUUCAAAGAAUGGUCAACCAGUGGCACAAGCUAGUGUGGAAGUGGGUGGUGACUCAAGAGGGCAGGCAAAAGUGAGUGUUGAUGCUGGGGGUGGGUAUGCAGCAUGUGUAAACUUGAGUGGUGGAGUGAUGAGGGGUAAGAAAGCAGCAGAUACUUUAAAUCCAAAUGAAACAGAAUUUGUUAACACAACUCCAAUCACAACCCAAGAAAGUCAAAUCUCUCCAGUCAGGAUUACACCUAAACCUAAGUGGACAAGAUGCAGAAUCCUACAAGACAAAAGUCCAAUGAAGGCAACUAGUGUUGGCCCUUCCAAUAGGUAUGAAGAUAAUGUUGUAAUUGGUUCGUAUAGUGUGUUAACCAAAGCUAGUGCAUCUUUGGGGGUCACAAGUACAGGCUUUCAAAAGAUGAAAACACAAGGUGGUAGAGACUCAAUUCCUGUCCCUAUUUGGCCCAAGGAUGUGCCACCUCCAAGUGCUAGUGAGGACUUGGCAAAUAAACAGAAGGCACUGGAAGCAAUGAGGAAAAGGGCAGCAGUUGAUGGAAAGAAAAGAACAGUGGAUGCAGUCAAGAGAAUGCUAGAAAAGAAUGCAAGCAAGCAGACAGAUGGAGGUCCAAGUACAUGUGUCAACAUUGAAGGUUCAAGUGUUGUUGCCAGUCAGCCAUUGAUGAGAAAGGUAGGGGGUGCAAAUAAACAAGUGAGGAGCCAACCACUGCCAGUUAGGGUCAGGGCACCAAGUGAAAGAAUAAUGAGGAAGAAAAUAGCAAAAUGAAUUGAAGGGCCAGGAACCACAGAGGACGAUGCAGUGAUUAUUGAGUGAUCUACUUAAUUUGUGUAUCUAAACUCUAUGCUUUUGAUAUCCCUAGUAAUGUGUAUGAUCUAUGAACACUAUAAGUGACAUAAACUGAUCUAAUUUAGGGAUAUAUGUAUGGUAUGUAAUAUGUAUGGUCUAAC